GAACAAGAAGAAAAACAUUUCAUCAGCAGGGUUCAAAGAGUAGCAUCACCAUCAACAGAAGUGCACAUUUGGGGUUGGGGUGGUAGAGAGAGACAGAGCACCCAACUCCUGUUUGGACUUUGGAAGUCCUAAAGUUACUAGUACCAGCUUGGGCCACCCAAUCUCCAAUCUUGAUAGCUUUUGUCUAUUUCACUUGAUUGGUAGGAUCAUCUUACAUUCCCUGGAAGCAAUUGGCUUAUUCCACUUCUUCAAUUAUUCUCAUUGGAAAUCUUUGUAUCCCUUUUAUACUCCCUGUACUGGUUAGACCCUCUGUUUCUAUAAAAGUUGACCUCCACUAGCAACUACAGUUUUCCCAUCAAUUAAGAUCAUUUCUUUCUCUCUGUAUUCUCACCAUGUCAUUUUAGUUAUAUCAUUUUAGGAAUAAGAUGUCUAGAAGAGACCCGUGUUUUAAAGUUGCAUUUUUGUGGGUUUUCUUAUUCAAUUUGUUGCCGUUAGCUUAUUGCUCUGUAAUUUAUAACAUAACUUCAUCCACACCAGUCUUGCCAGACCAAAAUCUUAAUUCCCCUCGCCAAAUUUUUGAGUUGGGAUUCUUUACUCCUAAUGAUUCCCAUUUUCAAUAUGUGGGAAUUUGGUUUAAGGAGGUUUCUCCUCGAACUGUUAUUUGGGUGGCCAAUAGAGAGAAGCCAAUUACAAAUUCCUCAGCAAGUCUAACAAUUGGGAGUGAUGGCAAUUUCUGGCUUCUUGAUGGGCAGAAAACCAUUAUCUGGUCGACCAAUGUUUCUAACCCGUCAAAUGAUUCGAUUGGUUUGCUUUCAGACGAUGGACUGUUUGUCUUGAAGAAUAGCCAAACCGGAAAUAAUUUAUGGGAUAGCUCUCAGGAUCCUACAGAUACUCUCUUGCCUGGAACAUGGUUGGCCUUCAACGAAACAAAUGGGUACAGACUUACUCUCAAUUCCUGGAAAAGUGAGAAUGAUCCAUCUCCUGGGGAUUUCACUGCUAAUGUACCACCUCAGACUCCACCACAAGCUAUUGUUUGGAAAGGGUCAAAACCUCAAUGGAGAAGUGGGCCUUGGGACAAGACAAAGUUUAUUGGGAUACCGGAAAUGGAUGCUGAUUAUCAAAGUGGACUUCAACUUGUAGAUGGUCUUCAGCCAGAAACUGCUUAUCUUAAUGUUAGUAUACUCAGGAACUGCAGUUAUUCUAUGUUUAAGGUUUCAUCAAUGGGAGUUUUAAGGUUCUUGUGUUGGGCAAGACAGAGGGGCUGGUAUCCUAGAUGGGAGGCACCUAUUACUCCCUGUGAAGUUUAUGGUGCAUGUGGAUCUUUUGGGGUUUGCCAAAGAUAUGAACCAAAUCUAACUUGUAGAUGCUUGAAAGGAUUUGUGCCAAAGUCAAAUGAGGAGUGGACCAAAGGGAACUGGAGUGGAGGGUGUGUAAGGCGAAGUGAAUUGAGUUGUGGGGGAAACACAAGUGCCACAAACACACGAGGUGGAAGUCCAGAUGUGUUCUUGAAGAUAGGUGGAUUAAGGCUUCCAGAUUCUUCUGAUUUCUUGAAAGUUUGGGAUGAAAAUGAAUGUCAUCAGCAGUGCCUCAAUAACUGUUCGUGCUCAGGUUAUGCGUAUGUAAGUGGAAUAGGUUGUUUGGUUUGGGCAGGAAACCUUGUUGAUAUGCAUGAGCUACCCUUAGGUGGCCAGGAUCUUUUUCUUCGCCUUGCACAUUCAGAAUUGGAUGAUGGUAAUCAGAAUACAAAAGUAAAGAUCAUUGUCGGUAUCAUUACGGUUUUAACUGUUGCUAUCAUAGCUGCCUUGAUUUAUAGUUUCUGGAAGUGGAGAGCCAAAAAAAGGGUUAUGAUAAAAGAUCCAACUGACGCUUCAACAGACACAUCGCAACCAUUUGUGUGGAGAAGUCCUUCAGAAGAUAAAGAUUCAGUAGAGUUGCCUUUGUUUGACUUCAAUAGCAUAAUAGUUGCUACCAACAACUUUGACAUAGAAAACAAACUCGGGCAAGGAGGAUACGGUCCAGUUUAUAAGGGAAAGCUACUGGAUGGAAAGGAUGUAGCAAUUAAAAGACUUUCUAGUAGCUCUAGACAAGGCCCAGAAGAGUUCAAGAAUGAAGUGAUGUUGAUCUCCAAACUUCAACACAGAAACCUUGUCAGACUUAUAGGUUGCUGCAUUGAAGGAGGAGAGAAGAUAUUAAUUUAUGAAUACAUGCCCAACAAAAGCUUGGACACUUACCUUUUUGAUCCAACAAGAAAGGCAGAACUCGACUGGAAUAAGCGCAUCAACAUUAUAACUGGAGUUGCUCGAGGGCUUCUUUAUCUCCAUCGGGAUUCUUGUUUAAGGGUUAUACACAGAGAUUUGAAGGUCAGCAAUAUUCUUUUGGAUGAAAAGAUGAAUCCCAAAAUAUCUGAUUUUGGAUUGGCAAGAAUUUUUGAAGGCACACAAGAUCUUGGAAGCACUCACAGGGUUGUGGGAACACUAGGUUAUAUGGCACCUGAAUAUCUGUUGGGCGGCAUAUAUUCGGAGAAAUCUGAUGUCUUUGGGUUUGGAGUGUUGAUUUUGGAAAUUGUUAGUGGCAGGAAAGCUAACAGCUUCCAGAAUCACGACCAACACAUGAGCCUUCUGGCAUAUGCCUGGCAAUCUUGGUGUGAAAGCAGUGGUGUAGGCAUGAUCGACCAAGCAUUGGACAACUCGUUUUCGGCAUCAGAAGUAAGUAGAUGUGUAAAUAUUGGACUACUUUGUGUACAGGAUCAUUCUGCAGAUAGACCAACCAUGGCAGCCAUAGAUUCUAUGUUAAGUGGUGAAAAAUCAAAGCUUCCUCAACCUAAACAACCUACAUUCACUUUUCAGAAUGUGUCAAGCAGCAGCCAUAUUCAAUCACAAAGCAACUCUACAUGGUCUGUGAAUAAUGUUACUGAAUCAAUCAUUGAACCACGAUAAAGUAAAUAACAGGAAAUUAAAUUCAGCCAAUUUGCAGAAUAGAUCGUUAGUAUUUGUUGUUAUCUUCAUAUAAAUUUUGUAGCAACUUGUUUCUUUUGCUCAAAAAAAAUUGGGAUUAGGGUUUUGUAGCUUUUAAGUAAAAUGAGUUGUUUUUCCA